GCCUCAUGUUCCCUUGCUAUUAUAUUUACAUAAUCUGUGUGUGUCUGUGUGUCUGUCAGAUGCCUGUCUGUAUCAGUGUGAGGAUAUGGAGGAGGAUUUCACUGGAGAACUGAAAUAUGACACAUCGCUGGACCGUGAUCUUGUCCUCACGCUGGACCCUGAUAACCCCACUGCACCAUGGAAGAACCUGGAGAACCACUUCACAGGUGAAGUGUCAGUCAUGAAGGAUGAAAUGACGAUAACACAACCUCUGUCAGUGGACAUGUUUUUCCAGGUGAAGACUGAACCUCCGUCACCUGCGUCGUCUCUGACCUCUGACAGCUCCAUCCCAUCUUUACCUGAGCCUCAGGUGAAGAGCGAGAACCCGCCCACUCCACCGUACAUGUGUGGAGAUGUGCUGCCGCCGCUGACCAGUGUGGAGGUGACCCUCGCCAGCAUCACUGCUCCACAUCAGCCUCGGACCAUACAGCCACACACUCUCAGCAGCCUCGACACACACACAACAGUGCUCUCCUCCGCAGCGACGCUGAAGGCCAGCAGCAUUCUGAGCAGUAAGCCUCUGAUCCAGCCCAAACCGGUGUGUGUGGCUCAGAGCAGCAGUCCGGCCAAAGCUCUCCUCCUGCAGAGCAUCCCCGUCCCAGCCAUCGAGCAGAACACCGCGCCAGUGGUUCUGUCUCAGUCCGUGUGUCUGGCUUCUGCUUCCGCUAUUGUUAAAAUGGAGCCUUUGUCUCCCAGCAUGUCUCACUGCACCAGCCCGUCAGCCCCGCCCCCCAGCAAACCCAUCAUCCCAGCGGCCAGCCUGCCCGGAAACAGCUGUGCUGACAUCGACAUGAAGGUUUUGAAGAGGCAGCAGCGCAUGAUCAAGAACCGGGAAUCGGCCUGCCAGAGCCGCAAGAAGAAGAAGGAGUACCUGCAGAACCUGGAGGCGCAGCUGCGGGAGGCGCAGCAGGAGAACGAGCGUCUGCGCAAGGAGAACCAAGCACUGCGGCUGCGGCUCGCCGGGAGAGAGGUCGCUGAGUCUGGCAGCAACAAGGGAGCGCUGUGUGUGAUGGCUCUGUUCCUCUUCAUCACCUUCGGCCCCGUCAGUUUGAGAGACAGGACGCUGGAAGCUGGACUGCAGGAAGCGGCUGCUCCGCUGACAGGAAGACGCCUGCUGGAGUUUGAGAUGUCUCAGGAGCUGAGCCGGAGACGAGCGAGCGAGAGACAGACGGACCGAGAGGAGGAAGAGCGCUGGAGCAAAGGAGAGCUGGACAAGAAGGCUGCGGUCUCGUAUCAGUUCAGGAAUCAGAGCGGUGUGUUCAGUGACGUCAAAGACCUGCUCCUGGAGGACAUAGACAGAUACUUCUCUGACUGCAGACAGUUCAACCGCUCCGAGUCCGUCAGGUUGGCGGAUGAGCUGCGUGGAUGGGUCCAGCGGCAUCAGAUCAACAGGAAGUCUGAUGGAAAGGCGAAGGUUGUGAAAAAGACUAAAAUAGCUCAGAAAGCUCAGCACAGAAAGACAAACUUCUCCAGGUAUCUUCCAAUUCAGGCUCAUCGCUCCAUCGAAAGUCAGCUGCAGGUGCUGCCCGGGCCGGAGAUCAGCUACAGCGACUUUCUGGACGCUAUCGACCGGCGCGAGGACACUUUCUAUGUGGUGUCAUUCAGACGGGAUCACCUGCUGUUACCGGCCAUCAGCCACAAUAAAACCACUCGGCCCAAGAUGUCUCUGGUCAUGCCUGCCAUGGCCAUCAACGAUUCGGUGUAUAACUCGUCUCAGGGCGGCUAUGAGAUGAUGAUGCAGGUGGACUGUGAGGUGAUGGACACCCGGAUCAUCCCGAUCAAAUCCUCUGUAGUCCCGCCCUCCCUCAGAGACCCGCCCCCUGCCCCACCCCCUCACCAUCACCACGGCAACCACAGCUCCCUGCGCAGCCGGCCCCAGCCCCUGCAGAGACGGAGGAGCGCGGGUUACUUCAUCAGCCAGAGCGGAUCCGACUGAGAAACGCUUCCAUCAAAGACACAGAGAUUGCACUUAAGCGCUUCCUUCCCCUCCUGUUAACGCUGCUGUGUUUGUCCCUCUAUCAUCUGCUCUCUUUUUAUACAUGUUGUAUUUUUUUUUUUUUUUUACAGAUUUUUAUUGAGAUUAUUUAAAAACGAUGUGCUUCUAUUGGAUGUGUGUGAUAUAAAUGUUCAUUUGAAUAUGAUGAAUGAUUUUGUGUGUAUUCUUGCUCUGUCAGGUCCAGUAUGAAGCUGCUGGUUUGCUGGGCGAUUUCUCUUCUUGUCACUGAACCUGAUGGCAGAGAUUGUUUUUGACAUAAAUGAUAAGAGAUUUGAGGCUGUCACAGAAUCUUCUGCCGUUAAUGUUUUCUUUUGCAGGUAUCUACUCUUGAAUGCGUGGCUGCUUUUGUCCCGAACCACUAACAGGACACAGGACAGAUGUCACAGCUAGCAUCUCCACUCGAGCUUCAUUUAACUCAAGGGACUGUUGUAGAUAAUUUGUUCGAUCCCGAACGGUUUUGAUUCAUGAAUGAGUUGUGAUAUACCAGCCGCUGAUACCUCUGUUCAGUUCUCGUGUUCAGAAGCCCUGGCCGGAGGUACAUUUUCAUCGCGGAGACUUUCACAGAAGUGGUUUUCUUCUCAUUGAAGAUAUGUUUUCUUGUCGCCUCUGGUCUUCAUGGCUUGAUGAUGAUGAUGAUGAUGAUGAUGAUUUGUGUGUCUGAAACCGUCCCAUGAUGACCUGCUCUAGCAUGCUUCUGUUGUCUGUGAUGUCCUUGUAUGAAAUGUGAACCUGCUUUUUUACUUUAUUUAAAUGAGCUUUCAUUAGGAAAACACUUCUCUCAUUUUCUCUUCCUGUCUGUAUGAGAAUUUUGAACUACUGUCUUUAUUUGUAGAGGAGAAAAUAAAUUUGAUAAAUAUUGUGUAGUAAGUUAU